AUGUUGAGCGGCUGCGGUGCCCCUUCCUCCCCCUGGUCUUGUUCUGUUGUGCUGCACGUUGACUUACGCCAGCAAGCGUCCUGCAGUGUCUCUCGGGAGAAGCAGUGCCAGGAGUCGGGCCUUGUGUGUGGAAGCGAGUGGCUCUCCACUGGUCUGGUUCGACUUCUCACUGGCAUCGAGAUGACCUACAUCUUUGACUUGCUGCAUGAGAAGCACCACUUUGAGGUGCUAAUGAGAAAGACGUUGCACCCGAGCGGGACCCUCAAGACAGCGCUGCUGGACUACAUCAAGCGCUGCCGCCCAGGAGACAGCGAGAAGCACAACAUGAUCGCCCUCUGCUUCAGCAUGUGCCGGGAGAUUGGGGAGAACCACGAGGCGGCAGCCAAGGUCCAGCUGAAGCUCAUUGAAUCCCAGCCUUGGGGCGGCAGUCGUGGCUGAGGCCUAUGACUUCGUUCCGGACUGGGCUGAAGUCCUGUAUCAGCAAGUGAUUGUAAAGGAGGACUUCAGCUACCUGGAGGAGUGCAAGCAGCGUGGCCUGCUCAAGGCGAGCACCUUUGAGGAA